UAUUGGAAUGUGGAUACUAAUGUGAUUGCUGAGGGUAUAUUGUUGUCAACUGACCCUAAAGAAAUGGUCAACAAUGCUCCUCUGGGACCAAAUGAUGUAGUUAUUAAUGUCGAUAAGGUGGUUAAACCUGGUGCUUAUUUAUGGAGACCUACUAUGAAAGGUUCAUCAUUGAUGGGUGAUGCACUAAAUGAGAUCAUCACAUGGCCUGCUGAUAGGAUACAAAUACCUCUGUCUACACUUGAUGAAUCAACGAAAAAAUCAUCACCUCUGCAGAGUGGCACUAACAGUACUGGUACAAGCAAAGGCUCCAAAAAGAAUUGCUUUCUAUUAGAUUGUGAUAAUUCUGGGGAGCAAGUUGCAAUAGGUCGUGUCUGUUCCACUGAUCCAGAAGACAAGGUCCAUCUCUGUCCUUUAGGUCCCAAUGUUAGCAAGAUCUGGGUAGAGGUUUCCAAGAUUGAUGGUGCACGAGUGUGGAGACCAAAUUCUGAAAUUCAAGUAAUAUCUGAUGCAGUAGGAAACUGGGUGGCUUGGCCUAACAAGCAUAUUGUAUUCAUGUGAGCAUAAGUUUGUGUCAAAAAACAUUGUUCUAUCUCAUGGUGUAGUACUACUCUUUGUAUGAUCUUUUAAAAUGACAGGUUUAAAUCCAGUUUUAAUUUUAAGUUUGAUUUAAA